UUACUGUAUAAGAGAUAAAAAAUAAAAAUCUAAAUAAUAGUGGGUUCUUAUAGUUCAUAGAUUUUUGUAAAAUAUUCUAGCAUAUUGUUUAUAGUUUUAAAUGUCAUAUUUACUUAAAAACCAGCAACCUUUUUGUUCACACAUUUUUGAACACUUUUGUACUCCAGCACACCUAUUUAAUUUUGAGUUACCAUAAGCUCUCAAAUUUCUUUGUCGAUUUCGGAAAACAAAGGGCCAAUCCCAAAAUAUCCAACUGUGAGUCAUGGGAAGGAGAUCGCGAAAGAACAGCGUACUGAUGGUCUGUGUGGGCAACCUUUGCCGCUCCCCAAUCGCCGAGGCUGUGAUGCGUGACGUAGUAAAGAGGGCGGGUAUGCAGGGGGAGUGGCACGUGGAGAGCGCCGGGAUCGAGGGAUGGCACUGCGGCAAGAGACCAGAUGAACGUGCUCUUAAUAUCCUGGCCAGUCACAACAUCGAGUACAAUGGCAGGGCAAGGGUUCUGGUUCCAAAGGACUUCCUCAAGUUCGACUAUAUCCUUGCCAUGGAUCGAAGCAAUCUCGCUGCCCUGAAGCGAAUGGCUCCGGAUUACGGCACCGCCAAGGUUCUUCUGCUGGGGGAUUUUGGCCUGAAGCCGGAUGAACGUAUUAUUGAAGACCCAUAUUAUAAUCUUGGCGAAGAACCUUUCGAGAAAAUUUAUCAACAGUGUAAUACUGCUUGCAAGCAAUUUUUAAAGCAGGCGCGUUUAAAGCAGAUUAUGUAAAGAAACCACCAAUGGGUUAAG